AUGGAUCGGUGGUUCGAUUACGAGAGCGGGCACGCCUGGUGCGAAAGCGCCUACAAAUAUCAAACUGUUCCUGUUAUUGCGGAAUUUGCUAAUACUGUGACAAAUUUGCCAAUUAUUGUGCUGCCUCUGUUGAAUAUUCUGCUGAUCCGGCCAUACAUCGAGAAUGUAAACUGGCUCGUCAUGCUGCCCCACAUGCUUCUCACUCUCAAUGGCAUCGCAUCCACUUAUUACCACGCUACUCUCAAUCUUUUUGGUAUCAUUUUCCCCAUGACUUCCGGUUUUUUGGCUUUAGAAGUCCAGUAUCUUAGAAAUUUUUGUACUAUUAAUUCUUAA